CAACUUUGUGGGAUCUCCGUAGCUAUCUCCACUUGCCGAUCGACGGACGAUGCGUGUACUUGGUCGUCGUGUCGGUUUCAAACAACCGCCAUGGCGACGAGUAGCCGUGCCUUUGGCGAGCUCAGUCCCGACGAUGACGACGACCGCGCCUCGGACGACGAGAGCGGCGACUCGAUCGAGGAAGUCGACGAUGACGCACCGCUGUCAUCGGCGCGCCACAGUGUCGUUUCGGACGUCGACUCGAUCGCUGCCAUGACAGUAAACGCACUCCAGAUCCCCGAUACGUCGGCCGCGCGCUGUCGUCAGACGCGCCAGCGAAAAAGACGGACGUCAGCCCAGGUCCGGCGGAUCAUGGGGUGGUACCCCACGCCCGUGAUUGAGCGCACGGUCGCGUCCGAGCAGGCCAAAGUCGAGUCCCUUCGCGAAGCGAUCUCACAAACCAAAUCCAUGGAGCUCCAGCAACUCGUGGCUCGACUGAACGGACGCGUCAACGAUGACGCCAACGAUGACACCAACGACGGCGCCAACGACGACGAUUAUGACGGCGAAGGCCGUGGCAAGAACGAGCACCGCGACACGUCCGAGGGUCGAGGCUCAACCCCAAACCUUGACCAAAGCGACAUGGUGUCCGACAAUCAGCUGCUCGAGCUGGCGCGCACGGCGACCGCACUAGAGCGCCACGUCACUGCGUUGGAGCGCGCGUACCGCGGCGAGCAUGUCUAUUCGAGCGCAUCGACAGUCAACUUUUCGCUCCCGAGUGCCGGCGCCUUCAACUUUAGCCCGGGCACCGCAUUGCCGACGUCGCUGGCGUCCGAGCUGGCGACACCGGCGCCACCCGUCGAGGUGCACCGCGUCUUUUCGAAACAGCUCGUCGACCUCUACGAAAGCGUCGGCGCGAUUCACGUGCCCGACGACGACAGUUGCGAGCGCGACCGGUUCCUCGAGCGCCACCGCUUUGCAAGACGCGGCCAUGCCAGUGCACGGGUCCUCCAGGCCACGUACCGCAUGUCCCGGUGUCGACGCAAGUUUCUCGCGUGGCGUCACCGACGGCGACAAAAGCUGCGAAUCGCUCUCGCGGCGUGGUUGCAUUUGCGCCACGUCGAGGGAUUUGCCCGGCGAAAUGCAUGUCGGCGUGUCUUUCGCGAGUGGGCCGACGAAGUCGAGUGCACGCUCAAGCUGCGCAUGAUUGAGCUCAAGCUGCUCCAGCAAAGCUCGACCAAAGUCGCAUCAGUCUCGAAUCUGGUCAAGAAUCUGUUCUUGACGACGACCGACGACCUCUCGACGACAACGAAUGACUACCGCAAGGCGCCCGAUUACAGCUACAUGUUUGUCAACAAGGCGUUUGCGGCAGUCCAAGACAAGUCGAAAGACGCGGUGACCGUCAGUCGCAUCGCGUCGAUCCGAGCCGAGAUGCGCACGGCGCGGGACGCGGUCGCCAAGCAGUAUGUGCACACGCUCUUUCUAAAAUGGCGAGCUUACCACGAAGACCACAAGCGCACCAGCGUGAACGCGCAGCUCUGUCUUCGUCGCGCGAUGCGGGUUGCGUUUCUUCGUCGACCAAAGUGGCUCGGCGAGCGCGUCCAAGUCGUCUUUGAAAUGUGGGCCCGGUAUACGCUCUUUCAAAAGCACAAGCGCGCGUGCAUGGACGUACCUCGGUUUCCAACGCCAUUGGCGCAAUGGGACCUCUGGGUCAUCGAGUACAAGGCACGGCAGCUGCGCAAGCUCGCAGCCCAUGCGCGGGGUCCGAUCAUGUGGAUGACGCGCUUCUUCCGCCUCCUCCGCGCGUACUGCUACCUGUCGAAAGCCAAAAAAGCAGAGAACCGACGCGCCCGCGCAUACUGCAGUCGUCGGCACCUCGGACUCGUGUUUGCAAAGUGGCACGCGCUCACGCUCCUCAACCUUGAGACGCGCGGGUCGCUCAAGAAGGCGCUGUUUGCGUGGCAGACGUACACAGCGAUGCGCAGCGACUGCCGCGUGCCAAAGCGCAAGAUGCAACUCCGCACGCGCGACACUCGCAUGCACAAGGCGUGGGAAGGCUGGAAAGAAACACAGUCGCGCCGCAGCAUCUUGUCGCUGGACCGACGCACGCGCUUGCUGCAGCCAAGCAUGUACCCGCGAGUCCUCAAUGCACUCUACCACUGGGCACAGAUCACGUCCCAGGACGCCAAAAGCCACCUCUUCCACCGUUGGGCGAGCCGCGUGUACCGACGAAAGGCACUCGUCAAGCUAUGGACCGAAGCGACGCGACUGCACGGGCGCGUGCUACUGCAGGCGACCUUUACAGCGUGGCGCCGGCAUCUCGCGGGGACCGCCGCCGACGAUCAAAGUCUUACGGCUGACCCGGUUGCGAUUGACGCGCUGCUCGAGUCGGCGCUGCCGUUCAUGUUUGUCUCGGAUGCACACGACAGCUAUGGUGACACCCCCGCGGACGUCGUACUCUCGGAGCUCCACGCGUUCCAUGUACUUGUUCGUGACGGGCAACUGAGCGAAGUCGAGUCGCAGCUGCUCGAAGACCCGCGCUUGGCGUCCGCGCGCGAGCCCGUACUCGGCAACAAUGCGCUGCAUAUUGCAGCACAGGCCCAGCCAAAGCACCAAGAGUGGACGACGCACCGGCAGGUGCUGCGGCUCCUCGUGCAAGCGGGGGCGUCGCCGUUUGCGCGCAACCUCGUCGGAGACAGUGCGCUCUCGUUGGUGUCGGACCCGGACGUUCGCCAUUACCUUCGCGCGACCGGCUACGGCUUUCACUCGCCGUCGCAAACCGCGUGUGAUACGUCCAGAAUCGAUACACGGGUGCUCUGGCACCUCCUGCUGCGCAUUGGCAUUGAACACCACCGGGGGGACCGGGCCCUCGGCGACGCCGACGUCGGGACGUGGCACACGGUGGAUUUGACGCGCCCCUUACCGUCGACGAAAUGGGACCCACCCCCGGCCGAGAUCCGGCGCCGCUCGUUUCUCUACAUCCUUGCCAACAAGCUACUACAACGCCCGGUGGUCGAGGCGGCCGAGGCCAACGCACCGGGCUUGCUCCAGGAAAAGUACCUCGCCAUGCACCACCAGCUCUUGCGCGACCGCGAGAUUGUGCCCGACAGCUGCAAACUCGAGUGUUUUGAAAUGCCAGAGCUUUGCGUCGACGUGAGUCCGGUGCAUGCCAUCAUGCCGGCGUUCCACACUUCGUUUUACUAUGGAAAAGAUCUCGCACGAACCACUGAGCACAACUUGCGGGUCGACUUGGUCGGGCCACUUCUUGGAAAGCGACCACCCUUGGACGCGAUCGCCGAUCAAGUCGAGAAGCUUGCCGGCCUCGCCCGCGCCGCCGAAGCGCAGCUGCUCCAAGUGGAGCGUAACAACGCAACGCUCUUGCCGCUUCCCGGCGCCCCGUGCUAUGGGUCCGCCGCCGAGGAGCUACAAGGCGUCGAUCGCGACGUUCUCGAUGCUAUGCUGCGCAUCUACUUUAAGCUGCAGCAAGUGCGCAUGCUCGACAAGGCCAGUGAAAAGCUACCGGCAUUCAUCGCGUUGCAGGCUGCUCUGCCCACCGAGACGGCACUCCUCCAGCGUCUCGACCGGGCGGUCGACGACCAUAGCCGCGACGUCAAGAAAGCAUUUUCGGUGACUGCGGCCGCCCACAAGAAGCUCGCGUUGUACCAGAACGCGUACACGUCGCUCUUUACGACGAUGAAACAAGCGCCAACGACUGCGGGGGACGCCGUCGAGAAGCUCGUCGCGACGCGGAUGCAGGUGGACGAGGCGCUCCUGAGUGCCCAUGCGGCCUCGCGGCAGCAAAAGAAGAAGGAAGCAGCGCAGACGCGGCUCGAGACACUCCAAACCAUCUACCGGGACCUCCUCAACGAACAGCGCACGUGGACCAAAGAUGAAUUCGCCGUCCUCGACGCAAUGCUCGUCAUCCAGGGCAGCACCAUGGACGCAUUAUUCACCACUUUUCAAACUGCCGACGGUCGCCGACGAGCACUACUAGACGAGAUCACGCAACGGCGUCCGGACGACCGCCUCGGACGCCGCAACAUCAAGACGACGGCGAAGAAACUCCUUUUGCAGCUGCACGUGCUGCAUCAAACCCUCGCAGCGUGCCAGCUGUUGCUUAUACACGAUGUGGGGGGGCGGGCCCGCCCCCCCAGUGCGCUGACCCUCACCGCUGUGCCAAUCACAAAUCGUGUCGACGAGCGAGCGUCAUCGACGACGGUGAGCCCGCUCGUGUCCCAAGCACUGCAAAAGCACUUGCCCAAGCGCGUGCCACCGCCGAACAGUGCGAUCGCCGAGUCGGUCCUCGUGCAGGCGUACAAGCGAAGCAUGAUGCUGCUGUUUGCGGAAGAGCGUCGGAUCAUCGCUACGGACGUCGAGCGUCAAGACGCGGAAGACGCCAAGAAGCGCGAAGUGUUUUUCGAAGCCAGCCCAGUGGCGACCAUGGCACACCGGACCGCGACACCGACCGACGUGGACCGUAUGGACCGCACGCGUCGUGAAACGCGCUUGGUGAACACGCCGACGCUCCGACGUCGGCCCAAAGCCGAGACGCGGCCCAACCGCAAGCGGUUGGAGCUCCAGAAGGCGCGUAUUUCAAUGGUGUCCCGCGCCGCUGCAUCCGACGCAGCGUCGUCGCACGACACGGAGGACAACGACGACGACGACCGACACCACAUUCGGUCAGCACUCUCGGCUUCAGACGCUUUGCUGGGCGAGCCGCGCACGAUUGAAGGUAUGCAAUAUACGUUCGGCAACUUUGCGUCGCGGGCGUUCUACGAUGCGGGGCCGUCGAUGGCGACGACCGAGACACCGACGACCGACAAGAUAGCCGACGACGCGAUCGAGUCGAUUUGGCGGUCCCACGGCGCAAUUUCAAGCUUGUCGGCGACCACAUUGGCACUCAAAACACGCGUUUUUGAGUCUCAAACCAACGCCGUCAAGCCAGUCGAGGCCGUCGCGCACGCCCCGUUGGCUCGAAGCAACUCCAAAGUGGGCCGGCGCCACACCACUCUAGUGACCCAAAGCAGCCAGUCACAAAUCUUCGAUGCUGCCAAGAUGCCCGAGGUCCAAGCACCGUCGGUGAUGGACGUUGUGUCGCCUGAUCUCGUUGAAGUGACGGCGACAAUGACGUUAAUGACGGCACCAAAGAGUCCCGAGACGGCGAGACCGACUGCACCGGUGUUACCACCGCCACCGAGUUCGCCAACGCCACGGGGCGACGACAGCGAAACGCCGACCGUGUCGGCGCGAUCGAGUGUCACCGAAGACGAGAACGAGGAGGCACCACGGACGCCGUUGAUGCUGCGCAUCGGUAUGCCCCCAAUGACGCCGCCGGCGCCGCGGGUCUCGAUUUCGGCCGAGCUCGGGCUGACGUCCAGCGAUCUCUUGGCCAACCUCGAGAGCUUUGCGAUCUUCAGUGAAGCGCUCCUGCAAAAGCAGCAACAGCCAAAGCCUGCGAGUCGCAUCGUGUGGCCACCACGACCGACGCUCGGCAGUAGCGCGAGCACACCGGAAUUGGACGUAGCGGCACCGCUCUCAACUGCCUCCUCGAGCUCGGAGCCGCGCAUGCGCCUCUUUCAUGAGCUCGUCCAGCGGGACGAGUCGAUCGUCAAGCGACGGGACCCCAAGCGUCGGUGGCGCACCAAGCGUAGUGUACCCCGGCAGCUGCCAGCGCUCGAGACGUCGUUUAGCCUCGACGGGCGAGCAUUCGCGGCUUUGCACCAGCCACCGGCAUCGGUGCCAGCACCGAGAAGCCCACCACGGUACAUUCCACCGCCCAGCAGCAGCAACAACAACAAAAAUGAGGACGGCAAGGACAACGAAGACGACGAAGACGACGAGCACCGGGCGCAUCUGGCGCGAAUCGAACUGUUGUACAACCCCGAGAACGAUCCAGGGCGUCCGCCCCUGUCGAUGGAUCCGCCAAAGUACACGGUCAAGACGCUUCGGGAGACUCGACCCUUCAACAAUCCUCCAGUCGUGGACACGGCCCCGGCGCUUCCGGCGCUCUCCAAUGUUGUUCUUUGCGGUUCGCAGUUGCGACCGCCACCGACAGUGACGCCGGCGUCGCUCUUCCCCUGCGUGGCCCCCGAGACGUUGCAGCAGGAGACCAUGUCCAACGACGACAAGUCCAAGGUAUGGGCUGCCUUUACGGCCAAACCGUUGCCGUCGGCCAUCCAAGCAGCGUACGCAGAGUUGUACCCGGGAACGUACCUCACGGCGACACCGCUGCGGCGGGACGCCAUCACGAUCCCAUCAAGUGGGAGCGUGCCAGAGCUACCUCGACCGUCGAUGGGUGGCGUCGACACUGCGGUUGCGCGCAGUCUCCUUGGGCGCAAGUCGGCCGAGAUCUGCUUUUGGCAAGCUGUCGAAGGCUUCAAGUCCAUUCGAGACGAGUCGAUUCGUGGUCUUGUGCUCGCGCCAGCCAAGGUGCGGCGGAAGCGCCGUAGCAUCGAGAUCGCCCACGAGUUUUUGACGCCGCAGAGUCCGCAGGCACUGCGCUGGCUCCUCCUCGAGUACCCGGACGUGAUCGAAACGAUCGAACGGCUCGUGCAAGGCGAGAGUGUGCCGGCAACGACAUUCAACGAGCUCCAGCAGGCAGUCGAGCGUCGGUUGGCGACAGCCCACGCGUCAAACACCCUCAGUGACGAUAACGCGCCGCUGCUCUAGUAUCGCCACAUGGUGGAAGCGCCUUGACGCUAAAUUAAUUCUGCAAACCAUCUGCUAGUAAUAGGACAAUUUCAUUUCUUACCACUAGUGAAACGUUCACCCAGCCCUAAUGGGCUCAUAAUUCGCGUGGU